AUGAAAAAUUUUGUUGUCAAAAAAAUAAGUGGUGUCCAAAAGGAAAAGGAAGAAAAUGUUCACAAUUUGGUACAUGGCAUUGCUAAUGUAUUAAAAAUAGAUCUUAACUUGUUUGAUAUUGAUGAAAACCCUGAUCGUAAACUAUCGAUCCAAAAUCUGGAUAAGCCUUUGAUAAUUGUCGAAUUUUCAUCAAGGAAAAAACGUGACAAAUUUAUUAAGAAACAAGGUAAAAUAGAAUACAAAAGUCAUUGA